GCUCGUGCACCCCCCCUCCCGUCAUCUCCUCCUCCUCUCCACCCUCCUCUCGCGGCCUCCCUCACGCCGCCGCCGCCCAAUAGCUAUAGCCUAUAGGGUUGGGAGGCCGAUCCACCGAUCAAGCUCCGUUUUCCACUCAUCCUCCUCUUUCGGCCGCCCGACUCCGCAGAUUCGCCCUAACUGUUGCUCCCGACGGCGCGCGCCACCCCAAGCGCUCCGCAUCUGCUCUGCGCCGCCACGAGCGCUCGCUUCCGUCGGGGUCCCGGCGGUUCUUCACAUCGCGGUGCGUAUUACGAUGCUUCUGUAGCCGCCGCCGCUAGGGUUUUCUCGACCGCGCCCGGCGUGUGCGGAUGGACCCUGUGGCGGAGGUUUCUCAUCGGAUGCUCGGCGGCGCCCCGACUCCUCCCGCCGACGACGCGAUUGAGGGGAGCGGAGUGGAGAUCGCGCGAGUUGGCGUGUCGGUGGCGGAGGGAGAAGUGGAAAACCCGCCAGCGGCGGCGCCAUUGCUGAACGAGGGCAAUGAGGGCGGCGUCCUGGACAAGCAGGAGGACGGGGCGGCGCCCACGCUGAGCGAGGCCAACAUGGAUGUGGACGCGGCGCCCUGGGCGAGCGAGCGCAAUGAGGAUGGCGCUCUGGACAAGCAACAGGACGGGGCUCCGCCGCCACUGCGGGAGGCCAACAUGGAUGUGGACGCGGCGCCCUUGGCGAGCGAGGGCAAUGAGGAUGGCGCCCUGGACAAGCAGCAGGACGGGGCGCCGCCGCCAGUGAGGGAGGCCAACAUGGAUGCAGAUGAGGCGCCCUUCCCGAGCGAGGGCAAUGAGGAUGGCGUCCUGGACAAGCAGCAGGACGGGGUGGCUCCUGCGCUGAACGAGGCCAACAUGGAUGUGGAUGAGGCGUCCUUUCCGAGAGAGGACACAGAGCACCAUGCAGCAACCGAGUCCAAAACGGAGGUGAAUGAGUGUGGCGCUCUGGAGAAGCAGCAAGAUGUGGCGGCAUCUGUGAUGGGCAAAACCAAGAUUGUGGUGGACGAGAGCAGCGCUCCCCAGCAAGAUCACACCGUGGCGGCUGCGCCAAGUGAAGGUGACAGCAGAGUGGUGGACCAACAUCCCAACACUUCUGAUGGUGGCUUCCCGGUGAAGAAGGAUGAGGAGGGUGAAUGCUUGGUGGGCCGCUACAUCAGCAGGAAUGUUUCAGAUGAUGGACGUAUUUGCCUUGGGAAGGUUGCAUCCUAUGAUGGCAGCAUUGGGGUGUACAAUGUGGUGUUUGAGGAUGGACAGGGCGAGGAGUUAUUGCUUCAUCAGCUCAGAGAGUUACUUAUGGCCAAGGAGAGUAGUGCAUCUGGUAUGAAGAUGAGCUGCAGGAAGAGGAAGCUGGAUUUGCUGGUUUCACCAGGGAGUGCCAUGGAGACGAAAGCGCCACCGCGUGCUAGACAGAGGGUUGAUCCAUGCAAGAUGCCUGCCAAGCCUGAUGCAUUGCAGGAGACUGGGUGUGAUUCUGAUAUAUCCGGCAAUGCAGCGUCCUCGAGCAAUUCAUCAGUUUCCACUAAAGAAUUGUCAGCUGAGCUGUGCCCUCCAGUGCAGGGCCCCGAGUUGCCUCCAUCGUCGGCAGAUAUUGCUGUUCCAGAGGAGUCUAUAAGUCAUCUGUUUUCUGUUUACAACUUCCUGCGAUCAUUCAACGUGCAGCUCUUCCUCAGUCCAUUUGGGCUGGAUGAUUUUGUUGCAUCCAUUAAUUGCACCGUGCAGAAUACAUUACUGGAUGCUGUACAUGUCUCAUUAUUGCGGGCGCUGAGGCGGCAUCUUGAGACUAAAUCCUCCGGCGGAUCAGAACUUGCUUCAAAUUGCUUGAAGUAUGUAGAUUGGGCAUUACUAGAUGUGUUGACUUGGCCAACUUUCUUACUGGAGUACCUCUAUUUAAUGGGCUACAUUAAGAGUCUAGGGGGGAAGAGUUUUGGUAGAACCCUCCUAGCCAUCGAAUAUUAUAAGCUUCCUGUUGCAAUGAAGCUUAGGCUCCUCCAGAUACUCUGUGACCAUGUCACUGAAUCAGGAGAGCUCAAAGCUGAACUGGAGGCUCGGGAAGGCUACAAUGAAGAAACAGAGUAUGAGACAGACUCUAGUAUUUUGUCGGAGGCUGGAUCACGAGCUAUUCUGACCAGGGCCUCAAAAGCUUCUGUGUCCAAAAAGGUUGAAGGUUUGCAGGACCUGGAAACUGCUUCAAAUGUAACAAAUCCAGAAGCUGUUUUACUGCAUUCGUCUCAGGACGGCAACAGUGAUGAUUGCCGAAUAUGUGGAAUGGAUGGUACUUUGGUAUGCUGUGAUGGCUGCCCAUGGGCAUACCACUCAAGAUGUAUAGGUCUCAACAAAGCAUUUCUACCACAGGGACUUUGGUUUUGUCCAGAAUGCGUGGUUAACAAGCUUGGACCAGCAUCUUCGAGAAUAGAGCGUGGGGCAAGAGGAGCUCAAAUGUUUGGCAUUGAUAUGUGCGGAAGGCUCUUCCUAGGAUCCUGCAACUAUUUGCUGGUGAUUGGAACAUCUACAGAUGCAGGGUCAUAUGCAAGAUAUUACAAUCAAUAUGAUGUUGUCAAGGUCAUGCGGAUACUUGCUCCUUCAGAUGCAUACACAGAUAUUUGUAUGAGAAUAACAGAAUACUGGAGGCAUCUGCUUGACAUAUUUCAGAACGAGAGAUCAAAAAUAGGUAAAGAAGCUGGUGUGAGAUAUACCACACAAUCCAAUACAUUGUCAAGUGUUACUCCAACGGACGCAGCACUUGGAAGUGUUCUGACAACUUUGAAAGACGCAGCGGGCAGUAAGACAGUAGUAACUCCUCAAAGAGAUGUGCAGCAUGAAAUUGUGGUCAAUCAAUUUACAUUGUGCUCAGCAGAACACCUGGAGAAACAAAAAUGCAUGGUGACCAGUGUAGGUGCUCCCACAGAGAAGAACAAUGAAGUAUGCAGGCAAACUCCAUUAGCUCCCAACGACAUACAUAAUACACCCAUGAAUGGAGCUUUUCGACCCGCUGGGAUAUCCUCUAUUUCUCAUGAGAACAGGUCUGUGGUAACAGGUGUGUCUAGUGUAACGCCCGCACAGUCAUCACAUGGGUUGGUUCGUCCGGACUUCUCGUGUGGUUCUGGAAUAGAUAAUGGAUUGUCUAGACAAGAUAUAGGGAACACUAUCUCUGUAAAGGCAGGCUUGUCUUGUCCAUCUUAUAAAAGCAAAUACCCUCUUCAGUUGAUUUCUGAGAUUGGGAGUACUAGUGAUGGUAAGUCUGCUAAAGUGCCAUCUUUUAAACCCCAGGCUUACAUGAAUCUGUACAAUCAUGGUAAUGUUGCAGCAUCUGCUGCCGCCAACCUAGCUAUUCUUACAUCUGAGGAAGGUAAGGUUUCAGUAUCCCAGUUGACCACAAACCCAAGAAAGAAAAUGGCUGCUGACUGUGCUCUACAAGUGAAAGCAUUUUCCUCACCAGCGGCACAAUUUAUUUGGCCAAGUACUGAAAGGAAGAUUAUGGAAGUCCCAAGGGAUAGAUGUGGUUGGUGCAUUGCUUGUAAAAUUUCAGCAGCUGGAGCUAAAAAGGCUUGUUUUCUUAACGUGGCCACUGCAAAUGCUGUUAAGGGGUCUGCUCGAAUUCUUAGUGCCAUGCAUGUAAUCAAAAGCUCUGGGAGCCACUUCCCCAGCAUCGCUGCUUAUAUGGUUAACAUGGAGGAAAGUUUGCGUGGACUUUUAGUCGGUUCACUACAAGACUUGCAACAGAGACAACGGUGGCAUAAACAACUACAGGAAGCUUCCAACUGCAAAACUAUAGUACCCCUUUUGCUUGAGUUGGAGAGUAAUAUUCGUUCCAUAGCAUUUUCUCCAAUCUGGGUGAAGCUAGUAGAUGACUGGCCUUUGGAAUCUCCUCCUGCAUCUGCGGGUGCAUUGCGUCCUGCAGCAUACCAAAAACGUGGAACUGGUGGAAGGCGUGGCAGAAAACGUUCAUUGGUAACUGAAUCUGCUGCUGCUGCCGAUGAUGACAAGAGUUGGAAAAAGGUUAAUUGGUGGAGUGGAGGAAAUAUUUCUAAGCGUAUUUUGCAGAGGGGGGUUCAUCUUAGUUCGGCCAUAAGAAAAGCUGCCCGUCAAGGUGGUAAAAAAAGGAUGGCUGGUCUGUCUUAUCAUGAUUGCUCCAUUCUUCCAAGACGAACUCGACAAUUUGCUUGGAGAGCGUGUGUUGGUUUAAGCCAGAAUUCAUCUCAACUUGCUCUGCAGGUCAGAUAUCUUGAUGCCCAUAUAAGAUGGAAGGAAUUCUUGUCUCCAGAUCAAAUCCCUUCUGAUGGAAAAAGUUCAGAUGCUGACUUUUCUGCACUGAGAAAUGCAGUAGUUUGUGAUAAAAAGAUAGUCGACAAUAAGAUAAGAUAUGCACUUAAGUUCCCCAACCAGAAGCAUAUCCCUGUCCGUGUAACCAAGAAUAUUUUGGAAGCAGAAGGUAAUCAGGAUCAGAAUGGCAAAUUUUGGUUUUCUGAAAAUCAUGUCCCACUGUACAUGGUACGAGAGUUUGAGCAGAAACCUGGGGUUAGCUCCUUGCCUACUCCAGGAAUUGUACACUCUUUCAUGAAUUUAUACAAAAGGCGAGUAAAAGCAUCUACUGGAGAUGUCUUUUCUUAUCUCUUUCACAAGGGGGAUAUCUAUCCCUGCUCUUCAUGCAAGAAAGAUGUUGCCUUCAGGGAUGUAAUAAGAUGUAGCGAUUGUCAAGGUUAUUGUCACAAGGAGUGCACAGUAAAAUCUGUUGGUGGCAAAGGAGGCACUGCUGCUUCCAGUUUGAUAUGCAAGUUAUGCCUUCAGAAGCGAAAUCUUAUCCUUACAAAUUACAGUACAAAUGCAAGAUAUGACUUGCCUCAAAAGAAGAGUACCUGCCAAUUGCCAGUGAGCGCUCCCAAAAUAAUAUUCAAAGUUGGUUCUUCCCAUUCUGCCGAACCAGCCGCAAAGGUUCAAGCCCAGCCAGUCGCUAAAGUUAAAGCUCAGCCAGUCACUAAGGUGGAAACCUGGCCAGUUGCUAAGGUGGAAGCCCUGUCAACCGCGAAGGUGCAAACACAUCCAAUCAGAGAGUUGAAAGCCUGGCCGGUUGCAAAUUUGGCAACUCAGAAUGUUGCAGGGUUGCAGGCUCAGGCAAAGAUUGAAGCUAACAGAUCCAAGUCAGAGAAACCGAGGAGACGUAAAAGGCCAGAAGAGAUCAAAUACUUUGGUCUCUCUUGGAAGAAAAAUAAGAGCGACAGAAGUGGAAGUGAUUUCAGGGCGAAUGAUGUAAUCCUAAAAUGCAAGGAUGGUAUAGGAUCAGCAAUAAAACCGACUUGUUGUCUCUGUAAGAAAUCUUAUUGCCCAGAUUUCCUAUAUGUCCGCUGCGAGCAGUGUAAAGCUUGGUUUCAUGGUGAUGCCUUGCGACUUGAGGAAGAAAGAAUACUUGAAGUGGUUCAAUACCGAUGCUGCAAAUGCCGAAGGAGAGCCAUGCCAAUAUGUCCCCAUUCAGAUGAUUAUAAGAAGCCCGGACCAGAAUUCAGUGAACAAACAGUUGCAACGUCAUCCCAAUCAAGCAUGCUGUCUAGUGAGGAGACUGCUUCUGUAGCAGAUCAAGACCCACUGCUUGCUUCCUAUGGAAUAGUUGAACCGAUUGGGGAACAGACUUUUGAUGCUGAUUUAUCAAUGAACACGGUAAGAUUUACCUCGGGAACUAAUCAGAAGCUAACCAUAAGAAGGGCACAAGGUAAAAAUAGUGGAUGUGUUGAUCAAGCUGGUGUGGAUGAGUACAGUAAUCAGAAUCAACCUCUGGCGGAUGCAAAUGUCGAUUUCAGUCAUAUGAAUGGAUUUUCUCUAUCAGAGCUUGAAGGUGUGGAUCCUUCAGAGCUACUGGGGUGGGAUCUUUCCCAAGGAAAUGAGUAUACCCCCCCUCCCGAUUACACUGCUAAUUGCCAGUUAAAUGGCGCAAGCUGUGGCAGUGCUGCAACUGGGGAUUUUGAACCGCAGACCUUUUUUUCAUUUACUGAUUUGCUUGAAGCUGAUGAUACACGGUUUGGUCAGACUUUUGGGAUGUCUGCCGGUUUGCAAGAUGAUGGUAACUGCACAGGAAGCUUCGACCAAGAAAUAGCCAGUUUUGAUGAUAUGGCUUUCAUGGUAGAAGACGUGUCUUCAAAUAUGCACUUCCCAGCAAAUGCUCCCCCUCCUGACGAUGUGCCGUGUAAGAAGUGCAACAACUCCCAGCCGCCACCUGACCUCAAAUGCCUAGUCUGUGGCCUGCGCAUACACCGUCAGUGCUCACCUUGGGAUGAAAGCGACCUGCCUGUUGAGAGUGCCGACUGGGCCUGUGGUGCUUGCCGGGAGUGGCGAUGACGAGCUUUGAACAUCUUCUAAGGUAAACACAGCGCGGCGUCUCGGUGCCUACCUGAUAUCUGUUCACAGAAAGAAACCGGAUAUGUUGUUUGAUUAUGGAUUGGAUUUAGGCUGGAGGUGUAUUUCACCAAGGGAAGUGAAGAAAUCCGUCCGGAUGGUUUGCAAGCUGGCGGUUACUGGACAAAUGGACACAGUAUAUUUCAAAAUGAGGGGUCAUCGGAGACUGUCCUCCGUUCUUUAGGUGGGGUUAUCUUGGGAGGAGAUUUAUAGAAUUAGGAAUGGUAGGUGGUACUAGAAUUGGUAUGGGACUAGAAAGUCAUUCCAUUUUGCUGUCAACAUUGAAUCGUCGGCAAUUGAUGGUGUAGAUGCUCGUGUGCCUUUCAAUCUACUUCAACUGUGGUCACUGGUGAUCA